AUGUGCGCAUAUCAUCUCCUCUCCUUAGUGAUCAUUCCCAAGGAGAACCGCCGAGCCAUCUACUCUGCUCUCUUCAAGGAGGGUGUGCUUGUAGCUCCCAAGAACUUCGAGAUUGCACAUCCGGAGCUCGAGGAUGUUCCCAACCUCCAAGUGAUCAAGGCUUGCCAAAGCCUCACUUCUCGAGGCUACGUCCACACUCAAUUCAGCUGGCAAUGGUACUUUUACACUCUGACCAACGAGGUGAGUUGCGCAUUGUCUGCUCGUCUUGCCACGCUGCAGCGUAGCGGGGGGGACUGGAUGCGCAAUCGCUUACCUGGAUCUGCACUGCCGUCCGGCUCGACAGGGUCUGGAGUACCUGCGCGAGUACCUUCAUCUCCCAGCUGAGAUUGUUCCCGCAACGCACAAGCGUCCUGCUCGUCCCUCUCGUCCCUUGGGAGGUGCAGGGGGUGCCCGCGAUGGCGCUUACCGUCCACCUCGCGGCGACCGCGAUGGCGGAGAUCGCGAGUACCGCAAGAAGGAGUCUGCCGCUCCUGGCGACUACCAACCUCGUUUCGGAGGCGUUGGUCGUGGAGCCGGUGCACCCGCUUCUUAA